CUUAUACUCUAAUUAUAGGACAUAGUCCAUAGAUAACCAUUAGCUAUCUAUGUAAUUUAAAAAUUAAAAAGUCGCAGUAUUUUACCAAAAUUUAAAAUCGUGCCAAUUGGCAAUUCGAACUUCGUUUUAUUGAGGUUUUUAUAUUAACUUUUUUGUAUCUACCGCUUAAAAGUACGCCUAUUAUUCAUGAUUACACAUUAUAUACAUGUUUAGAUUACAACCCUUAACUGUACCAAUACUAACUGUUAACAUGACCUAUAAACAUUUUACAGCUGAUACAAUUGAUUUUUUCACAACAAUAUAAUUUUCAGUAUGCAUUGUUAAAAACGAUUACAUCUACCUUGUAUAUUCUUUACAUUAAUAUUAUUAAUUGCAAUAACCAAAAUGCCAGUUUGUAAGCAAGACGAAACUUUAAGGGCUCUUGCCCUACUUGAAGACUACCAAGCCAAAUUGUCAAGUGUCCCUAAUAAUGAUCUUCAAGUAGUUAUGCAGCUUGUAAUAGGAAUCUUUAAGUCGAGGCUGUUUCAAGCACUUAUUGACAUUCAAGAGUUCUACGAAUUAGCUCUGCAAGAUGAAAGUCAUUCGGUGACUGAUGAAGAAUUAUCCAUUGCCCAAAAGUUCAUAAUGGACCAAUUUGAUAGUAAAAUUAAAUUGAAUGAACUUGAUUUAGAACCAUUGGAAACUGAAUGUCAACGAGACUAUAAAAAGAAGGACGUAGUAGACAUUAGUUGCCAAAUUAAUGGCUUGAGUGGACAUAAUGACAACCAUUCAUUUGGUGAUGCCACAGAACCAGAAUCCAACCUUGAAACAGAUGAUGAAGCUGAAUGUUGGGAGUAUGAUACAGUAAUAGUCGAACGUCGUUCGGGAGGUUUGGGAUUCAGUAUUGCUGGUGGAGUAGAUUCUGAGUCUAUGGUUUUAGUAACUCGAGUCAGCCCUGAUAUUGGUUCUACUGGUCUUCGUGCUAAUGAUAUUAUUUUAAAAGUGAAUGGUAUAUCACUUGAACAAGUACCACAUAAUUAUGCAGUAUCCACACUUAAAAACGCAGGCAACACAGUGACACUGAAUUUGAAAAGACGCAAAAAAGAAAUUUUUGAUAAACCCGAAAAAUCGUACUCUGUAAAAGAAAUUGAACUAGAAAAAGUAGAUGGAGGAUUGGGAUUCACGAUUGCUGGUGGAAUAGGUAAUGUUCAUUUACCUGGAGAUAAUGGUGUAUAUGUCACAAAGAUUCAAGAAGGCGGAGCCGCUUUUAGUAAUGGCCAAAUGCAAGUUGGAGAUAAGUUAAUUGUUGUCAAAAAUACUUUGAAAGGAGAUGUUAACUUAGAAAAUGUUACACAUGAAGAAGCAGUUGCGGCUCUCAAAGAAACUGAACAAACUGUUACUUUAGUAAUUGUCAAAGAGUCAAUUGACACCCGCUAUAUAAAACCAAAAACGCCAACUAAAAUAGAUGUGUCUACAAAGUCAAGCAGUGAAAAUAUAUCAUUAUUACGAGAAAAAGUAGUGACUAUACGUAGAUCUGAGGAAGGCUUAGGAUUUAAUAUUAUUGGAGGAGAAGACAAAGAAGGUAUUUUUAUAUCAUACAUUGCUCCUGGUAGUCCAGCAGAUCAGAAUGGAGUAUUGGAACCAGGUGAUCGGAUCUUAAGUGUCAAUGCUAUUGAUAUGAUAAAUGCUACUCAUGAUGAAGCGGCCAUUGCAUUAAAAGAAGAUGGGCCAAUUGUUACUAUUAUUGCACAACAAAGGCCUCAAGAAUAUUAUCGGCUUCAAAAAAAAUUGAUGCAAUUGAAAGAACAACUUUUGAAAAAAGCCAUUUUAACUUCUAGCACUUUACCUAAACCAUCCAAAAAACAGCAAUUUGUCAUUAGAGCUUUAUAUGAUUAUGAUCCAAACCGAGAUGAUGGUUUACCAAGCCGUGGAAUAUCAUUCAUUUACGGAAGCAUUCUGCAUGUACUUAAUGCUAAUGAUGAAGAAUGGUGGCAAGCCAGAAAGUUGGUACCAUCAGGCGAAGAAGAAUGGAUUGGCAUUAUACCUUCUAAAAAGCGAUGGGAAAGGAAGCAAAAGUCUAGAGACCGUACAGUUAAAUUCCAAGGACAUGUUCCAGUUCUUAUUGACAAAGCUUCUACUUUAGAAAAAAAAAAAAAGAAUUUCACUUUAAGUCGCAUGUUUCCAUUUAUGCGAAGCAAAGCAGAUCGCUUAGAAUGUACAGGUUCUGACCAAGACCAUUAUAUGCUUUGUUACACUCACGAAGAUCCAACAUCAGAAGGUAUUAAUUUAAGCAGUAUAAGUGUAAUUGAACUACUUGUUGAGGAACCAUCUUUACCUUAUGAGACUGUAAUCAAGAAAACCAUAAAUUACAGCCGUCCAGUUAUUGUAAUUGGUAUUUACAAGGACAAAAUUAAUGAUAAUCUAAUAUCAGAAUAUCCAGAAGAGUUUGGAUCAUGUGUUCCACAUACCUCACGAGAAAUUCGACCUGGUGAAGUCAACGGUGUUCAUUAUCAUUUUGUGAAAUCAAGAGAACAGAUGGAGCGUGAUAUAAAAGAUAACUUGUUCAUUGAAGCAGGCCAAUUCAACGAUAAUUUAUAUGGAACAUCUCUUGCUUCAGUUCAAGAAGUUGCAGAACAAGGUAAACAUUGCAUUCUUGAUGUGAGUUCCAACGCAAUUAAACGAUUACAGGCUGCUAAUCUUCAACCAAUAACUGUUUUUAUUAAAGCAUCAUCAUUGGACUUCAUCAUGAAAAUCAGUGAUAAAAUGACAGAAGACCGAGCAAAAAAAAUAUAUGAUCAAGAAAUGAAAGUUGAGCAAGAUUAUAGUGAAUAUUUAACAGCUAUAGUCAAAGGAGAUACAUAUGAAGAUAUUUUUGAAAAAGUAAAAAACGUUAUUGAUAUGCAUUCUGGACCAGAAGUGUGGUUGUCAAGUAAAGAUCAGACAGUCUAAUUUCCCAGGAGUCAUAAUUUUUAAGUAAAAACAUAAAACCAAAUUAUUUUUGAUUGCUUAGAUUGAAUAUUUAUCAGCAGUACUUAAAUUGGAGAGAAAUACAAAAGGACAGAACUAUUUUUAAUUUUCAUUAGUAUUUAAUUUAAAUGUUUUAGGUAUUGUCUUCUGACAAUGAUUCUAUAAAUACGUACAUUGAAACAGAACAUUUGGCCCAAGGACUGGUAGGUGUAGUCGUGCCAAAUGGAUUAAGAGAAACACAUCCACGUUCACAACACAUUUAACAAUUUUAGUGGCAUAUGCUCUUCUUAAAAAACAUCAAUGUACUCAUUAAAGGAUAUAUUUGCCAUUAACGCUUAAAACAAUAAUUAUAUUAAACUUCAUUUUAAUAAGAUUGUUUAUUUAACUAUUGCAUUUGUAAAAAUAGUUCAACAGACUAAAAACUAGUCCUUUAAUCAUUCUCCUCUUUGGGAGAAGCUGCAAAACCCCUAAAUGGACAUCUUAAGCUCAUUAACCCUACAACACUAACCUUAUUUUUACACUUUUAUUGCUAUUCUUUUCAAUUUAAGUACUGCUCUCUAUAUAAAAAUAGAAGUAUAUAAUAGUAUAAAUAUGUAAAGAGGAAUCAAAAAAGGCUGUAAGUGCAAUCGACGAGGAAAUUUCUGCCUUAUUGCGUUUCAUUGGCGUUGGAACAUACAUCCCUUUUGGCUGAAAAAUGGCACUUAAAUCCUUUUUUGAUUCCACUCUUCAUGUAUUAAUAAAUAAUUUCAUUUGUAUUGACAUCAAAAAUCACAUAAAUAAUAAUAGCUUUAAUAUAUGAAAAAGUUUAAGUAGAAAAACCAACUUUUUUUAUUACAUUUUUCUUAAGUACAUAUAUUAAGUAUUACAAGAGAUGCUUAAUUAUUUUUUAUUUACCUACAAAAGAUUUGAUUAUUAGUUUUAUUUUAAUCUCUAAUACUUAUAUUACAAAAAUAUUUAAAAUAAUAUGAUAUGAGAUUUAUUUGUGCAAUUAAAAGUUUAUUAUAUCAAGUAUUCUAGUCACAUAAAUUUAAUUGAAACGUUCUUGACACAUAUAAAAUUUAUGUUAAAUAUAGUUUUUGUUUUCUAUUACUAUUUAAAUUUAAUUUUAAUGUUUUAAUAUUAAAAAAUUAACCUUAUGUGUGCCUCAGUUCUCUAAUAUAUAUUUGUAAUCUCUUCGACAUUUAUUGUUUUAACAUUAACUACCCUACAUUUCACUACUGGACUUAAUUGCUUUUCUCCACAAGAAUUUCUAUCCACAUAUGUUACUAACCUAAAUUAUCUAAGGAAAUAUUUAUUAUUGUGUAUAUGUAACAUAUGGUUAAUUUAUAUUAUAUUUACUGGAAAUAUUCAAUACUUGCAUAUAAUAUAUACUAUAUUCAAUUUUAAUUUUGAUAUUGUAAUAUACAAUUAGUUAAACUUAAAUAAUCGACUAUAAUAUUGAGAUAUAAAAAUGCUAGUUUUCUUAAGAAUGGCCGUUAUAACUUAUCAGUAGGUAUAAUAAUUUAAAAUUCCAUGAUAGUUUUUGUUGUAUUUAUGUUGUUUAUUAAACAAAAGUAAUUAUUACAACAUAUUUGAUUAAUAAUUAGUAAAAAGUUUAAAAGCAGCCAUGUGUUAACUGUUACAGAGGAAAAGUAAAAGUAUAUUGAACAAAAUAAGAUUGUAGGUUAUAGUACAGUGUUACCCCUUAUACAACAGUUUUAUUAACUUUCAAAAAGCAAUAAGGCAUAAAAAUAUCAAAUUAUUUUAUCAUAAUUAAAAUAUUAAUAAUAGACAGUGUACCUAAAUGUAUGUAAUUGUACAUAAAUGUCCAAUCCUUAUUCAUUAUGAUCUGGACUUAAAAAAACUGUUUAUAUAAGAGAUAAUUUUAAUUCAAAAGUUUUGUGUAUUGAACACAUAUUCCCCCAAAAAUACUUUAAACACUACAUAAGGUACUAUCUGUUAAACAUUUUUGUAUUCUAGUCAUUGUUAAUAAC